GUCAUCCAUAAAUAUAUGGAGGGGCUUAGAACGAACACAUAAGGCGCAGUUGAAAGAACAUGGCUGAUGAUGGGAAGAAGGAAAGAGAGGAGGAGAAGGCAGAGGCAGAGAAGAAGCUUGGAGGGCUCAAGACUAUCCCAUUUAUUCUAGGAAAUGAGAUAGGUGAUAGAUUUGCUUCAACGGGGUUUCAUGCUAAUAUGAUCACCUAUCUUACGCAACAGCUUAAUAUGCCGCUGGUUCAAGCCUCCAAUACCCUCACUAACUUUGCUGGAACUGCAAGCUUAACGGCACUAUUGGGUGGCUUAAUUGCUGACUCGUUUGCAGGCCGAUUUUGGACAAUUACAGUUGGUUCCGCUAUUUAUGAGCUGGGACUGAUCAGCCUCACCACAUCAGCUCUUGUUCCUAGGCUUCGGCCUCCGCCAUGCCGAGCUCAAGAAAACUGCCAGCAGGCCUCACCAUGGCAGCUCUGUGUCCUCUACAUCUCACUUCUCCUCACCUCCCUUGGAACAGGAGGAAUUAGGCCUUGUGUAGUAACAUUUGGAGCCGACCAAUUCGACAUGUCUAAAUCUAAACAAAAAGCCCGAAGCUGUAAUUUCUUCAACUGGUACUACUUCAGCAUGGGAAUGGCCACACUCGCAGCCUUAACCGCUGUUGUUUAUAUCCAAGACAACGUGGGCUGGGGCUGGGGCCUAGGAUUGCCAACCAUAGUCAUGUCACUGUCUGUCGUGGCCUUUGUUGUAGGCUCACCUCUCUAUAAGAAGCUGAAACCCUCUGGCAGCCCACUGAUCAGGCUGGCCCAAGUUGUUGUCUCUGCUGUUAGGAAGAGAAAGGCAGUAAUGCCAGCUGACCCUGAUCUCCUGUAUGAGAAUAGAGAGCUUGAUGCUUCCAUUUCUUGUCAUGGGAGACUUCUCCACACCAAUCAACUCAAGUUCUUUGACAGAGCAGCCAUUGUCACUCAAGCUGACAAGAAGGAUAUCAACACCCCAAAUCUGUGGAGGCUCUCCACCGUUCACCGAGUUGAAGAGAUUAAAUCAAUCAUCAGAAUGCUCCCCAUCUGGGCUUCUGCAAUUUUGCUCGUCACUGCAUCUUCCCAUCAACACUCCUUUGCCAUCCAACAAGCCCGGACAAUGGACCGCCACCUCUCUCCCUCGUUCCAAAUCCCUCCUGCAACCAUGUCCAUCUUCAACAUCCUCCCUAUGAUGGUCGGUCUCGUUAUCUAUGAACGCCUCUUUGUUCCUGCUGCUCGUCGCUUCACCGGAAACCCUUCUGGCAUUACAUGUCUGCAGAGAAUGGGUAUAGGUUUCAUGAUCAACAUUCUGUCCACCAUUGUUGCAGCGCUGGUCGAGAUCAAAAGGAAAGCGGUGGCAGCAAACCACAACUUACUAAACGAACCUCGAGUCAUCAUCCCCAUUAGUGUGUUCUGGUUGGUUCCUCAGUAUGGCCUCCAUGGGCUGGCUGAGACCUUCAUGUCUGUUGGUCACCUGGAAUUUCUUUAUGACCAGUCACCGGAAAGCAUGAGAAGCACGGCAGCCGCGCUUUACUGGAUAGCAAUAGCUGCCGGAAACUACCUGAGCACGUUAUUGGUUUCACUUGUUCAUGGAUAUUCCGGCAAGAAGAGAAAUUGGCUACCAGACAGGAAUAUCAACAAGGGAAGGUUGGAGUACUACUACUGGCUUGUGACUGGGAUACAAGUCUUAAACCUCAUAUUUUACACAGUCUGUGCUUGGUUUUACAAAAACAAGCCUUUGGAAGAAGUGGAAGCUCAGAGUCAGCCAUGUAAACUAGGGAAUAACAUCAAAGAAGGAGAUGUGGAGCUUGCUAGAAGUAGAAACAGACCUUCUAAUCUUCCGAUUGAUGUCAGUGGGAAAGAAAAUGUGGAUCUUUCUAACAAUGACAAAGUUUAAAAAAAUGUUUUGGGGUAUAUAAUUAUAUUUUUGUUAAUUAAACCCGGAGUAUGAGUUCGAUUAAUUAAUUAAUUUUUUAAGAGGCUGUCCUCUUUUAGCACCCAGGAAACAUAAAUGAUUAAUUUACAUUUAUAUUUCCUUUUCAUUUACCAUGUGAUCGAUGGUCAUCUUAGGUAAUUGAAAAUUUAUGUUUC